AUGGCACAUCAAUUCCCACCAUCAUCUCCAGCAGCAUUUAGAACCUCGAAUAGGGACUUGAUAGACGUCGAUGUAGGGAAUUAUCCUUCACAAUUAUCUUCAGAGGAUUACUUACUAGAGAAAUCAAGGGCACAUUAUUUGACUGAGCAUCCUAACUCUGUAUUUAAGCACUCACAAAAUAAUAAUUAUCCAAGUCCAGGCCCUUCCUCUAGUAUGCAUAUUCCUUCUUCACCAAUUAAAAAUGCCAACAAUAGCAAGCUGAAAGCGCCAUCCGUAGUAAAAAAGUUGUCCAACUCAAGUACUUACAUUGAAUUAGAUCCAUACAAUACUUCACGUCUGACGAUAGGGCGUAAACGUUCCGUUUGUGAUAUCAUUUUACCCAGUAAGAAGAAUAUUUCUAGGCAGCAUGCUUUCAUAACAUACAUACAUGAGACUAAUAAAGUUAUUUUAGAGUGUAACGGUACCAAUGGAAUAAUUAUUAAAUUACCCACUGGGAUAGAUUUCUAUUUGAUAAAACCAGAUGAUACCAAGCCAGUUUUCGAGUUGGUUUCCAAAGAAAACAGCUUUUCUUCUAUAGUGCAGAAAUUCUCUAGUGAACAAAAUAAAUUACUAAUUAAGAGUCGAAACCUAACUUCUUUCGCCCUUUUGAAAGGUGAAAAGGUCCUGAUGCCAUUUAUUAAAGAAACUAUCAUUGACUUCAGGCAGGUUCAGAUAAUUCUCAAGCUCCAAAAUAUUGAAACAGAUUUUUACUCGAAUACUUCAAGAAACCUUUGCCAUGAUGAUAAUGCGACCGAAACUGAUGCCGAAAUGACAUUUUUAAAUGCAAAAAGUGAUGAUUUUCAUUCCGUUGCAUUGACACCUUCGAAAAGGUUGAUUCCCGUCGUACAUUCACCAUCGACAGAGAAGAAUGAAAGUUGUAGGUCGGAGCCCUCUUCCCCUGAAAGCGAAACUGAUAUAGUUGUAAACACAAUGACUCCACGAACUUUCCCAAGUGGUGUUUUGCCUAAUACACCAAUAAAGAUUAGGAAAGAGGGUAUACGCUCGUCGAAUUUUGAGACGCCUGUCAGAUCACAAGACAAGAUGGCGAUAAAAGUGUCUCAAUUCCCUAAUUUGGAUUUUACAAAUAAUUCCAAUUGUAUGACUAUAUACAGUUUAUUGAAGAAAGGCGAUACUAUGAAAUCAAAUUCCUCGGUGAGAUCGCCUUUUCAGGAUUCAAAGACUGAGUGUAAAGAAAUGAACAAAAAAUGCCAGGCAAGUUCUCCCCCAGAAAGCAGUAUCAUAGCGAGCGUUGAAGCAUUACAGUCCGAUAAUUGUGGAAACGUUACUAAAAUGCAUAACGCGUCUUGCAAUAAAUCUAUUAAGGUCAAUCGAGAAUCGGAGCUUCCUCAAAAGAUUGUGAAGCCAAAGAGGCAGCAAAUUAAAAAAGGAAUAAAAAAGAAUAUUGAGAGAAAAACGAAUGAAGAAAUUUUGCAACACAUGGGAGAUCGUGGAACUAACUGUGGUGAGCUCCAGCGCAUUUUAUCAAAUUACUUAGCGUUUUCAACAAUUCAACAAACACCAUUAUCUUUAUUAUGGAAAAUCAAUCCUGCCAUUUCGAGCUUGAAAAGAGAUGAACUACAUGCUCUGUUAAUGGCAGAUAAAUCAAUUGGCAUAAUCAGACGCUAUGGUAAGGAUGCUGCGAACAAACCUUUGGAGGAAGAAUACUAUUAUGAUAUAGAAAAUGACCGUGAUAAAGAUAGAAGAGAUCUACUAAUAUCUUUGAAGGGAGGAAGAAAUGGCAUAAGAUCUUGUAGGAAAACUCAUAAACAAUAUUACUGGAAGAAACCAGCGAAAUGA